UCUCGCGGUGUGGCGAGUUGUCAACGCUGUCAACUCGUAGCCGAUCCGUUCAUAGGACGGGAAAAAAAGAUUAUCGAUCACCGCCUGGACGUUCGCCAGGACACUCGCUCGGUUCGUCGCGCGAUAGUCAGCGCGUUUCGCACCGCACGGCGGAAACUGGGUGGGAGCCGAGGCUCUCCCGAUGUGGUGUAUGCGGGAUGCUAACGAUGUUGCCGCGAGAUGAUUCUCUCGUUAGCGCCUCGGCCCCGCGGCACUAGCGUGAGAUGCGGCGCGAACGCUCGUAUCUGAGUUAGCGCCGAGACCGGGUAUUUGGAUCAGAGCUCGAACGAUACGUGUACGGUAUUCUCCGUCAUUACAUUGGCCUCGGAUUGAAAUUUGUGCUGCAAAUCGUAUCUCGGAGCUUUGCAUAAACAAUGGCAGCGCUACCUAGGAGGAUUAUUAAAGAAACUCAAAGAUUAAUGCAAGAACCAGUUCCUGGUAUCAGUGCUGUGCCGGACGAUACAAAUGCUAGAUAUUUUCACGUAAUAGUAACGGGACCUGAGGACUCGCCGUUCGAAGGUGGACUGUUUAAGCUGGAGUUGUUCCUACCAGAGGAUUAUCCAAUGUCCGCACCUAAAGUUAGGUUCAUUACAAAAAUAUAUCAUCCAAAUAUAGACAGAUUGGGCAGGAUCUGCCUGGACAUUCUGAAGGACAAGUGGAGCCCGGCUCUUCAAAUCAGAACAGUCUUGCUAUCCAUACAGGCGCUUCUGAGCGCGCCGAAUCCUGACGAUCCUUUGGCGAACGAUGUAGCUGAACUUUGGAAGGUCAACGAAAGCGAAGCGAUACGCAAUGCCAAAGAAUGGACUCGGAGAUACGCUAUGGACAACUGAUCUCAGCCUUUACAGAUCGCCUACGACGCGAAGCGCCGUUAUUCCUACCUGUCCCAGACUUCUGAUCACCUUACCCGCACCAACUGCGUAUCCCGCACCUGUGUCCACAAUUUUGCUAUAAAAAUAAUAAAAGUUUUGUAAGAGUAAAACAGAAUGGAUAUUUUCUAUAUCGUGGGGAGUACACAAAGCACCGUUGGAUUUUAUUCAACCGCUCAUUGAGAAACUUCGGAGAAUGUCGGCGAAUGGACGCGAUAUAUACAUAUAUGUAUAUAUAUGUAUCGAUGAAUUAUGUUACAAUUUAAGUUCCAAGUUACAUUAAGCGACGAAGGUAUUGUGUAACGUACGAUUCGUAUUCAAUAUAUUGCUGCGGAAUCUUUCGUGCAAUUUAUAAUUUAUACUUUUUUCUAUUUCUAGUGUAUUGUCUCUAGUAGUGGAGUUGAACAGCUUACGCGUUCUGAGAUAUGAAAUUCUUUUUCUUUAAUGAAAAAAAUUAUAUAUAUAUAUAUUAUACAAUAUAAAAAUUAUAUAUAUAUAUAUAUAUAUAAUACACACACACACACACACACACACAUAUGCCAACUGGUUGUCUGUCCGAUACAUCGUAGACUUAAGUAUUCUUGCAUACUUUAGAAUAGAGAAUGGAUAUAAAAGCGAUCGUUAUAAAAAAAUUACAUGGGUAAAAUAACUGUUAUUUAUCACAAAUGUCAUAGGUAAUAUAUAUUAAAAAAAAGAAGUUAUGGAAAAAAGGACCCCCUCGCAGUCUGUGUAAACUCAAAGGUCUUCUAACGUCUACGGUCUUUCUCGCGAGGUGUAGGGAAUAUAUCACCACGAGGAUUUGAUUUCCAAAGUGUAAUAAUGCCAUAAUAAGAAGCAUUCGAAUAAUUGGCUUUGCUCACAUAAGAUGGAUUGUAAGUGAAUACGAAUCUUCCAUUAUUAUGUUAAUGAUAAUUGCCAAACGAUUACUUAAUGUGUAAAUACAAAUAAGAAAGAAAAGAAUAGAACGGUCCUCUAUUGCGUGUCGCAAUAAGCAAGUUCUAUUAAAAGAUACGAGUAUGUGUAAUAAUAAAUUUCCGCGUAAGAAAAAUCGAAUCCGAUAUAUAUAAUUAUGGUUUUACGACGAUUAUUUACAUAUAUAGAGAGCACCGUGUGUGAAAUAUAUAGUAACUUAUGUAUACAUAAAUAUUUUCCAUGUGAUCAGAUCAAUGAUCACGCGACACAACGGAAUCGAACGAACGGAAAGAAAUAGCUAAAUUUACAGAUAUCGUACAUUGUGUAAUUAAAUAGGAAGGUAAUGAAGAGUCUCGGCGACGCCAGAGGAAGUACAUAUAUCGGCGAUAGGAAUGUUUGAUAUAUUCUCAUCACGGGUCUGUUGGCUCGAUGAACUACGGGAGAAUAAUAAUGUCAAUGCAACAAAGCUAAUGAGAGAAAGAGAGAGAGAGAGACACAUACAACCAGUUAGUAUAUAAAAAAAAGCGAAGAUGUGUUACGAAUCACCUUUGAAUAUAAUUAUUACGACAAUUCGGGAGGUUCUGUAAUUCAAGGACACUGGGAUCGGUUAAAACAAUUGUAGAUAAUCUGCAAUAAUAAAGAGAUUAUUAUUAA